UUUUGAGUGUGAAUUAUUGAUUGAUUGAUUGAUAUUGUCUGAUCAAUAAAGGCUAGUAACACUGACUCCCUCACUAGUGCACUGACUACUGAACUAGAGAGCUGAUGGAGACUGGAUUUGUGUCUUUCUGUUCAUUAUUCUGAUCUUGAACAGGACAAACACAGAAGAUCUGCUGAAGCGACUGAGCUCAGACUGUUAUAAAGAUGGCGUUUAUUAAAGAGGAGAGUGAAGACAUCAAGAUUGAAGAAACAUUCACAGUCAAACAUGAAGAGACUGAAGAAGCUUUCAGAGUCAAACAUGAAGAUCCUGAGGAACAGACAGAAAACCUGAUGCCAGUCAAAGAGGAGAGUCAAGAUCAGAACAAAGUAGAAGAGAAGGAUCAGCAUGAGGAAUGUCUGGAUUUCAGUUCUGGAGAAAAAUCAGAACAGACAAAAACCUCAUCACAAACAACAGCCGAAUCUAAUACCUGCCACCAGUGUGGAAAGAGUUUCACUUGGAAUUGUUACCUUGCCAUCCAUAUGAGGAUUCACACUGGAGAAAAGCCUUACACUUGCCAGCAAUGUGGAAAGAGUUUCAAUCGGCGAGAAAACCUAAGACAGCAUAUGAAGAUUCAUAAUGGAGAAAAACUUUACACUUGCCAACAGUGUGAAAAAAGUUUCACUUGGAAACAAAACCUUACAUUCCAUAUGAGGAUUCACACUGGAGAAAAGCCAUUCAAUUGCCAACAUUGUGAAAAGAGUUUCACUUGUAAACAACACCUUACAGACCAUGUGAGGAUGCACACUGGAGAAAAGCCAUUCAAUUGCCAACAGUGUGGAAAGGGUUUCACAAGGAAACUAAACCUUACAAAACACAUGAGGAUUCACACUGGAGAAAAACCUUACACUUGCCAACAGUGUGGAAAAAGUUUUUCUUGGAAACAAUACCUUACAGAUCAUAUGAGGACUCACACUGCUCACACUGCAGAAAAGCAACAUACCUGCCACCAGUGUGGAAAAGGUUUCACUUGCAAACGAAACCUUUUAAAUCAUAUGAAUAUUCACACAGGAGAAAAGCCUUACACUUGCCAACAGUGUGGAAAGAGUUUCAAUCGGCGAGAAUACUUAAAAGAGCAUAUGAAGAUUCAUAAUAGAGAAAAGCGUUACACUUGCCUACAGUGUGGGAAGAGUUUCACUUGGAAACAAAACCUUACAAAACACAUGAGGAUUCACACUGGAGAAAAGCCUUCACUUGUCAACAGUGUGGAAUGAGCUUUGCAUGUAUAAAUAUCCCUUAAUACCCAUGUGAUGCUGUAUACUGGAUAGAAGCCUGACACCUGGGUUUCUAUUAAAAAAGUAAAACUUACAUUUCAUAAGAGGAUUCACAAUUAGAAAUAACCAAAUCAGAUUUCAUUAGUGCGGAGACUCAUAGACAGGAAUCACUGUAAUAACUUACAAAGAAGGAGAGGAUGUCAUCACAGGGUGCAAUUAAAUGCAUCCCUAAAACAAGUCAGUUUUCAUGGAAAAAAAACAGGUUUAUGAGAACACUCCCCUUUUGUCCCCUCCCCUUCCCAUGCCCUUGUCAAUGAAAUCAUCUUGCCAGAAGUCUUGCAUCAUCUACAAAAACUUGAUUUUACCAAGCCUCAAGCAGCUUCACAAAGCAUCCUGCGACCCCUCACAUCUGUGUGUGCAAAUACCAAGCAAUCGGGUCAGUCCAUCAGAACUCUCACAAUCUGUUAAAGAUUUGUAAUUCUGCCAAGAGCCUAGGCCCCAGGAAGGAUUCACAGCCAACAACAUCAUCCUCUAGCUUCUGUAUCCCCUGGCAACCAGCUCCAACUACAUCAUGCAAAUCCUGACCAGACCAGACCAGCUGUGCCGGGAUUUUCAAGGGUGUAGGUUUGCUCUUGACAUUGAUGGGGAGUCUGAGGACCUAUAAAUCUCCCUGAACCGAAAUUCCUGCUUGCUACUCUGAGAGAUUAGGAGAACUGACAGGGAUCAUAUUCCCCCACUGUGCAUUUUUAUUUUAAGCUGUAAAACAUGUGAGAUUCUCUGCUAUUUAUGUUUUUCAGGUUGCAAUGCUGAGAACUUAACAAGUGAUGGAAUUAUAAACUUCAGUCGCUUUUAUCCCUCACCCAAACUCAGAACUGGACUACACAAGAGUAGGACCCUGCAAGUUACAGAAGGUCCUGCAGAACACCACCCCUCCCCCCGGCCACCAGACUGUAAAGGAACUACAAUGCUUCAUGAGCUUUGCCAAUUUCUACCUACAAUCCAUCCACAGUCUUAUUAUAUUACCUCUUCACUCACCUCACUUCUUAAGGGAAAGAUGGAGACUCUUCUUUGGAACCCUGCUGCCCACGAAGAACUACACCAGCUCAAGGAGAAGUUCAGCACAGCCCCUCUACUACGAUGCUUUCACCACCAGGGUUGGGGUCAUGCUGUUACUGUGAUCCUCUACUUCUCUACCCUUGAGCUUGUCAAAGACACCCAGAUCUUUGCCUGGUGGUAAACUCAUUCCAUUACUCAUUCCACGAUGACUCUGAUCCCGUAUUGGUAUUGACAGUGUUUCUGACUUCCAUAACUCUGAUGAUUUUAUCUCUGAUAUAGUUGCUGUAGAUUGUUUCUCCAAAGCCUGUAAACUCAUCCCUCUCCCUGGUUUACCUACUGCAAUAGAUACAGCAGAACUCUUCUUCCAGCUUGAGCUGAAACUAUAGCUCACCUGAGGAGAUUGUAUUGACCGGGGCCCAGUUUACACCCUUAUUUGAAAAGCUUUUCCUCAAACUACUCACCAUUUUUGUUAACCAUUCUUCUGGUUGUCCCUCACAGACAAAUGGCUUGGAGCUCAGACAGUAUCUUCGGUGGUACUGUCAUGAAGACCAGGACAGAUGGAACUGUUUCCUCCUGUGAGCUGAGUAUGCACAGAAACCCCUGCACCAAGAUACCACUGCCUUAACAUAUUUUCAGUGCAUACUAACCAGCCACCACUCUCUCCCUGGAUGGAGGAACCCCUCAAGGUUUCAGCUGUUGACUACUGGUUUAGAGAGAGUGUGGGAUUUACUCCAUCUGCAGAAACCCUUACAAAGAAAGUAAAAGACAGGAAGUCGAGACACUCACCUAUCUACCUGACGACAAGGCAUGGCUGUUUUGGACCAGCCAUCAAUCUACACAGUCAAUGAGAUCUUGGAUUUGUGAUGCAGGGUCUCCCAUCUGGAAUACCUGGUCGAAUGAGAGGACUACAGAUUUGAGCAGGGGUGUCAAACUCAGUUCCUGGAUGGCCGCAGCCCUGCACAGUUUAGUUCCAACCAUGCUUCAACACACUUACCUGUAGGUUUCAAACAAACCUAAAGAACUCAAUCAGUUUGAUCAGGUGUGUUUAAAUAGGGUUGGAACAAAGGUGUGCAGAGCUGCGGCCCUCCAGGAACUGAGUUUGACACAUGUGGACUAGAGGACUGACGAGAGACAGAGGUCACCACCAUGUUGUGUGAUGGCAUCAGGAGUCACCUCUGAAGAAGUGGUCCAUUUUGUUUGUUACUUUAUUACUCAGUAAAAAGUAGCUUAUUUUGUGUAUGUAGGGGUCAGAUGUGUACUGCAGUCUGAAGACAAUAUAUGUGUGUUUAAUUGUCCACUACAGGGUUGAAUAAAAUAGUGGAAAGCA